CUUCCGUCUUUGGUGAACAACGGCGACUAGAGCCCAUGCCUGCUGAGAGGAAAGGAAGGUGGAGAAAAGAAAUUGAUUGGCUCUUAUCUGUCACUGAUCACAUUGUUGAAUUGGUCCCUUCCCAACAGCAAACCAAAGAUGGAACAAUGGAGAUAAUGAUAACAUGCCAACGAAAUGAUCUGCAUAUGAAUAUCCCAGCCCUGCGGAAACUUGAUGCCAUGCUCAUCGAUUACCUAGAUAACUUCAAGGACCAGAAUGAGUUCUGGUAUGUGUCAAGAGAUGCUGAUGAUGCUGAAAGUAGGAAGGAUGACAAGUGGUGGCUACCUACUGCUAAGGUCCCCCCAGAAGGGCUAUCUGAUGUAUCAAGAAGAUGGCUGCAGUUCCAAAAGGAAUCUGUGAACCAAGUACUAAAAGCAGCAAUGGCCAUAAAUGCCCAGGUUCUAUCAGAAAUGGCAAUUCCUGAAAACUAUAUUGAAUCCCUCCCAAAGAAUGGGAGAGCAAGCCUUGGGGACUCUAUAUAUCGGAGUAUUACAGUGGAAUAUUUUGAUCCAGAGCAAUUCCUCUCCACCAUGGACCUUUCAACAGAGCACAAGAUCCUAGACCUCAAGAACAGGAUUGAGGCAUCCAUUGUAAUUUGGAAGAGGAAGAUGAACAACAAAGAUGGCAAGUCUUCGUGGGGUUCAGCAGUGAGCUUGGAAAAGAGGGAGCUCUUUGAAGAGAGAGCAGAGAGCAUUCUAAUCCUUAUAAAACAGAGGUUCCCUGGCAUUCCACAGUCAUCACUUGACAUAAGUAAGAUCCAAUACAACCGGGAUGUAGGACAGUCUGUUCUAGAGAGCUAUUCGAGGAUACUUGAAAGCUUGGCCUUCACUGUCAUGUCCAGAAUUGAAGAUGUUCUUUAUGCUGAUUCCCUCGCUAAAGAUCCAUCGCUGGCUGAGUCAAAAAGAAAACUUUCAGUGGAGUCCCUUCCAGUGGUGGAACCAGUAAAGUUCUCAGGCCCUGGUGAAGAAUCAGAGUUGUUGAAUUCAGCAGAGACACCUACCUCAAUGACAUUAUCGGACUUCAUGGGUUGGCAUUUGGAUCAAGGAGAAAUUGAUCAAAAGAAAGAUUCAUCAGAGAAUUUAGAGGAAAAUUGUAAAGAUGAUGAUGAGAAGUCUGCAAGCAAACUUGCUAACAUUGUGACCAACAAGCAAACUACCUACAUAGAGAAGCUUGAGAACUUGGGUGGUGUGAGGAGUCCAACUGCUCGUCAUUGAAACAGAACUAUAGAGAAAGUGAGAGAAAAAGAAAGGGAGAUAUAAGGAGAGAAAAGAGUGUAAAGAGAGAAAAUCUGUAAAGAGAUUGAGAGGAGCUUGAAUUCCCAAUGUAAAUAUUCAGACCCCACAAAGGAGUCAUUUUGAACAGUGGUCAGUUUUAUUACUGUUUCAUUCCUAUUGUGGAUACUGUUGGGUUUGAUGCACUUGGGUAAUGCUUCCUACUGUAUCCUAUCCGGAUGUAAUUGCCUGAGUAGAAUUGCAGCUACUGAUCUCUGUCUAUUCUUACCAUUAUUUUGGAGAAAAUCCAUGCCUUUUACAUUUCUAGUCUUCCACA